AUGACAUCGAAAAGCACGCAUCGAGUCCGCUGGUUCCCGAAACCGGGCAAUUACUUCUUCAUCGUCCCAUGGAUAGCGUUCAUACCCUGGUACGGUAUGCUGGUCGCGAUGCUGGUGUGCUGGGCCGCACAGGGUCAUCCGAUCUACUGGUUUAUGCACACCGACCAGUUCCCGGUCUACAUCUCGGACAUCGGAGCCACCAACCUGCGUCCGUUGUUCAUUUCAUGCGCCGGGUGGCAGGGCCUUGGGUACUGUAUCACCGUCGCGUGCGAAUACUUCCAACGUGCGGGCCGUUGGCCCUUCCAGCGCGGACUCUUCGCUAAAACGACGAGCGCCGACCACGGGUCUGCCACUGCGUCGACAGAGACUAUCAAAUCCAAUUACCGCGACGUUCUUCUGUCGGCGAAAUUUCUGAUGCCCCCGUACUACACACGCCACGAACGCAACUGUAUCUUUGCUGCGUUUGUGCUUGGACUCGUGGGCGAGGUGUGUUUGCUCAUGUGCUCGAUCUUCUCCACUGCAAAGUUCCCGCAUGUUCACACCUCGAUGGUAGCGUUGUUCUGCGUGUUCAUGUUUCUGUCCACUUGCUGUUUGAUGGCUGAAUACUACAUGAUGGGUAAGCAUUACGCGGCAUUGCAUCCACUUGCGUCGCUUGAAGAACGUCAGGGCGUCAAAACCUCACGCCACAAAUGGGUCGGUCAUAGUAUGAACAAGUUUACUUUAAGUGCCAUUGCCAAGACCCUUUGGCUUACGCUGGCGCUUGUAUGGGCCAUUUGUUUUGGCGCGAUCGACGAUAAUUCCAUCAGUGGAUGUUUCGAAUGGCUUCUUGCAUUUUGGUUCGGUGUUCUGUUCAUGAUCAUAUCGGUCGACUUUUACCUGGGAGGACGCUACAAGUACUCUAAGUACUUCCACCAAGUUACUGACUUCCAGGGCUACUACAAGUACGAGCGCCUGGUACCGUCAGUGCUUCAGGAACCGGUGUAA